GAUACACCAUAGGGUGUGCACGGUUUGGUUUGGUGCGGUUUGGUUUUAUUGUAAAACCAAAACCAUAACAUAAAUGUUCGGUUUUUGAAAACUGUUCUCUUUUGAUUUUAGCAACGGUUCGGUUUUCCGGUUUCUAAAAAUCGAACUGUCGAUUUUUGUUUCAGUUCAGUUUUUUUGUUCUCUUUUCAGCCCCCAUUGUCGCCACCAUCACGACUGUCAAUUUCCUAUUCAAUCACUUUGAUCGGUACAAAUUCUUCCUUUCUUACUGCUGCUCCUGUUAGUUAUUCUUUUAAGUUAUGAAAUUGGCACCAACGAAGUUGACCCUGUUUGCGAAGUGAAUGAUCCAAUUACGCAGGGCUGCUUUGUAUGCCCUUCAAUCAAACCACUGUAAUAUAAUCAAGUUAGGCACCAUCGGGGAUACUUACACUGCCAACAUUCUAUUAACAGGUUAUGUAAAAAACCCACAAUUACAACUUGCCCACAAGUUGUUCGAUGAAAUGACUCAGAGAGACGCUGUUUCAUGGAACUCGUUAAUCUCGGGGUACGUCAACCACGGGGUUCUUGAGAGCACCUGGGCGGUUCUAACGCGUAUGAAACAUUGUGGGUUUUGGUUUGAUGAGUACACAUUUGGUAGCAUACUCAAGGGUGUUGGUUCUAAUGAGUGUCUCUUUGCCGGGCAGCAAUUGCACGCGUGUAUCGUUAAAACAGGGUAUGAACAGAAUGUGUACUCGGGGAGUGCUCUUUUGGACAUGUAUGCGAAAUGUGGUAGAGUGAACGAUGCACGCAAGUGUUUUGAUUGCAUGCCUGAGCGUAAUACUGUGUCGUGGAAUGCUUUGAUUUCGGGAUAUGUUGAAACGGGUGACCGUUUUAACUGUUUCUCGUUAUUCAAAUCUAUGCAUAGGGAAGGCGUAAGGCUUGACGAUGGCACGUUUUCUCCCCUUUUGACGUUAUUCGAUAGCCCUGAUUUAUAUAAACAAACAGUCCAAGUCCACUGCGCGAUUAUAAAACAUGGCAUGUUAUCUGAUUGCUCGGUACUUAACGCCACAAUCAGUGCUUACUCGGGAUGUGGGUCAGUCGAAGAUGCAAAGAGGAUCUUUGACAGCGCAAGUGAUGAGCGGGAUAUUGUCAGUUGGAACGCCAUGCUGGCGGCUUAUCUGGAACAUGAUAAACGGGUCCUUGCGUUUAACCUUUUCUUUAUGAUGCAAAAUUUGGGAUUCGAACCGGAUAUUUAUACGUACACUAGCAUGAUAAGUUCUUGCUUUGAAGAAGAAAUUACAAACCAAGGACAACCUUUACAUGCAUUGGUAAUCAAAAGAGGCGUUGAGCAUUUGAUACCGGUUUCUAAUUCAUUGAUGGCUAUGUAUGGUGGAUCAAAUGGCGUUUAUAUGGAUAACGCGAUAAGAAUAUUUAACGAAAUGGAGGUUAAAGACCAUGUUUCUUGGAACUCAAUGUUAACAGGACUCUCGCAACACGGGUUUAGUGAGAACGCGUUGAAGCUUUUUCAAAUAAUGCAAUCUGGGAAUGUGGGGAUGGAUUAUUACGCGUUUUCUACGGUCCUUAGAUCUUGUGCUGAUGUGGCAGCCUUACAGUUAGGUCAACAGAUUCACGCUUUGGCGCUAAGAUCGGGUUAUGAAUCUAAUGAAUUUGUAACGAGUAAUUUAAUAGUUAUGUACUCUAAGUGUGGGACUAUUGAGGAUGCUAGAAGAUCAUUCGAGACUUCAUAUAAGCAGAACGCGGUUACUUGGAACUCAAUGAUGUUUGCAUACGCUCAACACGGUCAAGGGCAUGUUGCGUUGGAUCUUUUCUCUCGGAUGAAAAUAAGUAAAGUGAAAAUGGAUCAUAUAACUUUUGUCGCGGUUCUAACAGCAUGCAGUCACAACGGUUUAGUCGAAAAAGGAUACGCCUUUUUAAAAACUAUGGAAUCUGGUUACGGAAUUUCACCGCGAAUGGAACAUUACGCUUGUGUGAUCGAUUUAUAUGGACGGGCGGGUCGUCUCAAAGAGGCAGAAAACAUUGUUAAAGAAAUGCCGUUUCAACCUGAUGCAAUGGUUUGGAAAACUUUAUUAGGGGCGUGUAGAUUAUGUGGUGAUGUUUUGUUAGCUACACGCGUGGGGAAGUUGUUAUUGGAAUCGCAGCCUUACGACCAUUGUACUUACGUUCUUUUGUGUGAGUUAUAUGGUCAUUUUAAGUGGUGGGAUGAAAUUGCGGUUUUAAAGAGAACGAUGAAAGAAAAGGGGGUCAAAAAGAUGCCCGGUUGGAGCUGGAUAGAGGUUGGGAACCAGAUGCAUGCAUUUCAUGCUGCGAGCCGUUCACAUACUCGAAACGAGGAUAUACGUCAAAUGCUGAGAACACUAACAAACGAUAUUGCAUAUUUAGAUAAUUAGAGGAAGGUUGACGUACAUUACGGCUUAACGUACAUCACGUACGACAGGUAAUUACGCACGUUCAUUUUAAAAUCACGCACGUUAUAACUCAAAAAUCCAAAAUCACGCAUGUUGAAACACAAUAAUCACGCAUAUUGAAAACAUUAAUCACGCAUGUUAUAUAACAAAUUACGCACGUUAUUGUACGUGAAGUACGUUAAGCUGUAAUGUACGAUAUACUUUUUCUAGAUAAUUAUUUAUGAAUAACUGGAACAUUGGAUCAAAAAUAUCAAAUCUUGAUCACUACAAGACCUUUCAUGAUCUUAAGUCUGAUCGCAAUUAGCAAUCUUUUCUUCCUUUAACUUUGACUUUGACUUGUACUUUGACUUUCGAAACACGGGGUGUUACAUAACAUAAUAGAUUGGGGUCUGGACGCCUUUUCAUUUCAA